ACUCAAAUAUACUUUAAGAAACUUCCUAUAUCUUAUCUUUUUCAUUUGCACUUCAUAAAAGCUCUGUGAACUUCUUCAACUGCUAUAAAUAUCACCAAACUUUCACCAUCUUCACCAACCAAAUCAAAACCCCAACACCACGGACCAACAAAAAUGGAGAAAAUACAACACAGUACAGUCUUCACCAACGGCAUAAACAUGCACAUAGCAUCAAUAGGCACAGGCCCAUCCACCAUUCUUUUCCUACACGGAUUCCCUGAUCUUUGGUACACGUGGCGCCACCAGCUUCUCUCUCUUUCAUCCCUCGGUUACCGUUGCAUAGCUCCCGACCUCCGUGGCUAUGGCGACACCGACGCGCCGCCCUCCGCCGAUCAGUACACUGUUUUUCACAUCGUCGGCGACCUUGUCGGGUUGCUUGAUGCUCUGGGUAUUGAGCAGGUGUUUCUUGUGGGUCAUGACUGGGGAGCUAUUAUGGCUUGGUAUUUUAGCUUGUUUAGAGCUGAUAGAGUUAAGGCGUUGGUCAACACGAGUGUCGUUUUUCAGCCGAGGAAUCCGCAUAAGAAGCCUGUGGAGAAGUACAGAGAAUUAUUGGGCGAUGAUUUUUAUAUCUGCAGGUUUCAGGAAGUCGGAGAGAUUGAAGACGACUUUGCCCAAGCUGGUGCUGCAACGAUAAUAAGAAGAUUCUUUUUAACCCGCAAUACAAAACCACCUUGUAUACCCAAAGAAACCGGAUUCAGAAGUUUGCCUGCCAUUCACGAUUUGCCGCAUUGGCUGUCAGAAGAGGAUGUCAAUUAUUAUGCUAGCAAAUAUGAGCAAAAAGGCUUCACUGGGGGAUUGAACUACUAUCGAUGUUUAGACCUUAACUGGGAGUUGACAGCACCGUGGACUGGCUCACAACAAAUCAAGGUUCCGGUUAAGUUUAUAGUGGGCGACAAGGACAUAACCUACCAUUUCCCAGGUUCUAAGGAAUUUUUACAUCAAGGUGGUUUGAAGAAGUAUGUACCGUUUUUGCAAGAGGUGGUCGUUUUGGAAGGAGUCGGGCAUUUUCUCAGCCAAGAAAGGCCGGAGGAAGUAAGUGCUCAUAUCCACGACUUCAUCAAGAAGUUUUAACUGGCAUCUGAUGUUUCUGUAGUCGAUUAAGAGCUUAGUAAUCUUCAUACGAAAAUAAACAUGUUGAGUGCUCAGUAGUAGCAUUCUAUUAAAGCUUAAUUGCCAUUCCUUACUUAGAUCAUAUGGAUAAGUAUUUUUCUACUACAAACUAGGGCUUCAAGGGCGACCCUGUUUGUGAUGGAAAUAAACAGGAUAUUUGUACGCUGCAACUGUAGAUUGAUUAAUAGUUUUGAAGGCAAACUUGAUUAA